UGUACCAAGUCAAACAGAGGGGGCAACAAGAGCAACAGAGCUACAUGAUACUUUCGUCAUUAUGAUAGUUAUUUUAACAUUUUGGAAAAUGGAACCUACAUUAUCAUUUAAAAUGCAUUACAGAGUACAGUGAACGAAGACUAAAAGAAAUGUCUCAACGAUCCGACUACAGGGAAAACCUAUCCAUGGUGUUAUCGGAGGUUUUAGAUGACAUCGGUGUCAAUCAAAGCAGGAUAAUGAGAAGGAGGAAAGUAAUCAAGAUUAUGGAGGAUUUGAAUACUGUUACGUUUAAGUCAAUUGGAAUCGGUAAAACUAUAGUUGAAUAUAAUCUAGGGAGUAGGAGUGAAGGUACAACUACUAGAGGACUUGGAUCAGACAUUGAUAUACUAGGGUGUAAUCGUUAUAACAAUAUAAUACAAGACCUGACAGAGUGGGAACCUAAGAGGUUUAACUAUCUAAUGAUACAGGAUGAGAACACAACCCCCGGAUAUUGUUUUCUACAACUACUACGAGCUGAUAUGCCUUACUAUGCAUCUUCAAUACCUGGUCAGUACCAUAUAACUGAUAGGAAAGGAAGAAUAUUAUUUGAGAACACACAAAAAACCACCCAAGAUUGCGAACAGCAUGGACCAUCCAUUGCUAGAAAAGGACACCAUGGAUGGACAGAUAAAGACAUGGUGUUAGCCUUUCCCUGUAAGUCAUGGCCUAAAUCAGCAACAGGUUGGUUAGAGAGACAGGGCAUAGGAAGAUGGCCAACACAAGAGGUUAAAAGAAAUGCAGCUAGUACUGAGUGUUUCGUUGUUCCAACUGGAAGUAAGGUCAGUAAAUAUCCGAAACUAGAAUGGAGAAUAUCUACAUCACUGGCAGAGAGAUGUUUGAUGUCCAGUCUAAAUAUAACACAAAUAAGAUGUUUUGUGUUAUUGAAAAUGAUUCUUAAAUCCUUCCUUAAUCCUCAAGGGGAAAUAAAUUUAUCAAGUUUCAUGUGUAAGACAGUUCUAUUACAUUGUAUAGAAAACACAGAACGAAGCAUAUGGAAAGAGAACAACUUAUUAACAUGUUUAAUAUACUGUUUACUUCAAUUACACAGUUGUGUACAGAAUGGCCAUUUGUCACAUUUCAUAAUAUCUGAAAACAAUUUGAUGGCAGGACAAUUUACAGAUAAAGUAAAAGAUGAACUUUUAGAAAAAAUAAGUGACUUUAUACAGAACGACAUAUAUAAAAUACUUACAAUUGAUAUAGAUGAUCUUGGAGCUAGACUAAAAGUAAAACUAAAUUUUACUCCUCAUAAAAUAUACAAUUUUCAGUCCUCUUUACAGUUAUUUCAAAUGUGGUAUUGUGAGGAUUUUAUUAAUGUUACAUACAGAAUAAGUUCUCGUCUAAAUAUAAUAUUUAGAUCAUUACGUAAUAAAGAUAUUGGAACCUUGGAGCAAUAUGUAGUAAGACUAAAGACCUGCAGCGUAAAUGUCUCAUUCGAGUUCCUUGCACCUUUUAUCUUUACCACAUAUGGAUCUGUCCUAGCAUCAUCCAGUAUUGGUGAAAAUAUUCGAGUGCCUCCAAAUGCAAUGGUUUGGCUAUCAGAUGGUUCCGAUUCGGAUGUCACAUCCAGCAGACUUAAACUGGCUUCUGUGCUCUGUAGAUCAGGAGAAAAUGAGCAAGCAAACCUUAUUCUGAGAUUCGCCGAAAAACAAUAUCACUCUUGUCCUGUUUUCGUUGUCUGUAUAUGUAGGAAAAAUCCCCAACCAUUAAUAUAUCCAGAAUGUGCAAGGGUAUUCUAUGAACUAGGUGAAGACUGUAUCAAACAUAUGACAGCAUUUUGUGUCAAAUUCAUACAGCAGGAGAUUAACUGCGUUCCUCAUGAACUUCAAUAUGAAAUGUUCAGAUCUACACAAGAUGGCAUACGCAAAGACCCGGAUUAUGACUUUUGGAUGGACUGGGCUGUAGUUGAUUCUCUUCCUUUCAUUUACUUCCUACAAUACAAGACCUACAGUCGACUUGGUAGGCACGAGGAAAAACAGCAAGCACUGGAUAACCUUAGUACAACCAUUGAGAAAGUCAAAAGUCUUGGGCACAAAGAAACAGCUCUUAACCUACUUGGACAAUGUCAGGAACAAGAAGAGAGACAUCAGGAAGCAUUGGAAUGUUACAUUCGUUCUCUUCAAGUCAGAGCAAGAAAUAAUGUAGCAGUUAUCCAUAUUUGUAAGCUUCUCUCACGCUUACUGAAUCAGAAAACUGUUUGAAGUUUUACGGUAAAUAAAAGAAAAGAUCAUCUUUAUGUUUGAUUAAAUGUGGUCAUGACAAAAGCAACACAUACAAUGCGUCCUCCAUUACCUGCCAAAGCUUUAACAUAAUUGAAUGAUAAACGUUAUUGAAAGUCACUUCGUUUUUUCUUAUACGAGAGAUGGAUAAACUUAUUAGAUAUAUUUGGCACAAAGAAACAGAUCUUUUAAGUAGGCGGGAGUCACUUUGUUUUUCACUUCAAGAACUAUUGUUAAUAAUUGAUAUUUUGCUUUUGAUUUUGAGAAAAAGAUUUCAGGCAAUACAUAAUCACAUGGUAUAUAAAUUAUUUUAUAUUCCAUAACAGUACAUGUAUACUCUGAUAUACCCACAAAGCAUCCGUGUAAUAUUAUACUCAAACAUAAAAAAUAAACCGUGUUUAGGGUUUUGAAUAAUUUUGUCAGAGUUUUCCAUUUACCCACAAAAAGGCGUAGUUCUUUUUAGGAGACGUGUUUAUUGAAAAAAACAAAACAAACAAAACAUUGGUAGGGUCAAAUUUAAAA